UUAAACUGUCAAUUACAUUUCAUCUUUGUGCUUUGAUACUAUACGUUGUUGUAUAUUAUGCGGUAAAUGCUUUUAAUGGCAAAUUAUAUUUAAUUAAGUGAAUUUAGUGAAUCUAAACGUCGAAAUGGCUAUAGGAGGGACAAAAGUGGUUCAAGUGACCAAUAUCGCUCCUCAAGCGACAAAAGAUCAAAUGCAAACUUUGUUUGGUUAUCUUGGAAAAAUCGAUGAUAUUCGAUUGUAUCCCACUAUUCGAGAUGUUUCCUGUCCGGUGCAAUCAAGAAUAUGUUACAUUAAGUUUAUGGAAUCGGUCACAGUUGGUAUUGCACAGCACAUGACAAAUACAGUUUUUAUCGACAGAGCACUAAUUGUUAUACCAGUGCAAAAUGGUGACAUUCCCGAUGAGUAUUUUGCAUUAGAAAUGACCAGGAAUGGUACAAUUGUUCCAGGUCUUUGUGCAGCAGAGCCCAACUUACCCCCUCAUGUUGUGAAUACUAUUACAAACCUAGGAGCGGGCCAGGUUAUUAUCACUUACGACCCAAAGUUGGAAGCUAACGGCUUACCUCCAUAUCCACCUUUGCCAGCAAAUUAUGACAGCAAUAAAAUUGAGGAAAUCAGACGUACAGUUUUAAUGGUCAAUGUUGAUCCCUCAACGCCAACGGAGGAAUACAUUGACUUUUUUACAUCUGCUGGUGAGGUGAAAUAUCUCCGACAGUGUACUCGUGCUUCCGAUAGUAAUGCGCAUAUGUUGCUAGAGUUUAAUGACCAACCGAGUAUUAUCGAGGUUCUCAAAAUGAACGGAAAGGAAUUUAAGGGUCAAACUGUAAGAAUAGUACACGCAACACAGGCGAUAGUUAAACCACAAGCUAAAAGUAAUGAGGCAGCUCAAAGAGAAAUCGAAGAAGCCAUGUCUCGAGUUAAAGAAGCGCAAAACUUAAUUUCGGCAACCAUCGAUCCUGUAAUUGGAAUGCUAUCUAAGGAUAAGCGAAGUUCUAGGCGUUCCAGAUCACGAUCUCGUGGCCGCAGGCGGCGAUCUCGUACACGGUCGCGAUCUCGAAGAUCAAGAUCACGUCAACGUUCUCGUCGUUCUAGAUCACAUUCCCGACGAUCUAAAUCUAAAGAUAGAAAGCAUCGCUCAAAAUCCAAAUCAAGACGUCGAUCGAGGUCACGUUCCCGUAGAUCACAGUCUCGCAAUUCCAAAUCGCGUAAGUCACGUUCAAAGUCUCGUUCUCGUACAUCACGUGGUGAGCGAAAUCGGCAUAAGAGUAAGGAAAGAGGGAAGUCUAGAGAUAAGUCCAAGGAAAAAGAAAAACGCAGCCAGUUGUCCAGGGAUCGAGAUCGGUCUCGUGAACGGGAUCGGAAAUCUAGAGAUAGAGACAAUGAAUUGAAAGAGAAAAGAAGCGAGAAAGAUGGCCCAGUAGAGAUGGAAGAGAAACGUUCAAGCAAGAAGAGAUCUUUAUCCCCAGUGCGAGGAAAAUUCCGUUCUCAUUCACGUGAUCGUAAAAUCAGAAGUAGAUCACGUGAUCGCAGAUCUCGUUCAAGAGGUCGGCGCCAUUCUCCAUCACCACGCCCAUUACGUAGACGCAGCAGAACAAAAAGUAGAGACAGAGACCAGAAGAGGGAUAAGCGUGAUAGAAAAGAGAGAAAGGAACGUUCUCCAUCACUUCCCAAAUCGUCGCGUAACUAUGAUGAAGAAGAAAGGGGUUAUGAUUCCGAGCGUGGUAAAAGGCGAGAUUAUGGAGAUCCAUAUGAUUUUGAACGUGAUAAAGACUCUCCAGAAAAGUCGGAUAAUAUGGAUAUUUCUAAUUCGCCCUAAAAAACAGUUGUAUUAAUUUCUGUUUGUCUUACUGUAAUUGCUUCUCUUUUUUUUUGUAAAUUUAAAAUAGAACAGAUGGUUAUGUAAGUAGAUAAGUUCAAUCUUCAAAGGAUUUGUAAAACAUUAAGACAAUUUUAAAAUUGAAAUAUGAUUUUUCAAACAUUU